UUCCAUUAUAGGCCAAUAUGCAUCCCCAGCCUUGAUCUCACACAGACUGACCAAAUCCCUCCAGGCUGUGGAAUAGGUCUUGUGGAUCUGGGCUAUGCGCCGGUAAAAAGGCAUCAGGUGUUUCUCCGGGUCCGGGAGAGUUGUGACUAGUGCGGAGGCUUGGGAUGGAGUGAAGGCCACAUACAUGAUAGGAGCAUCAGGAUUGUGGUAAGUGAAAGAAAAGGGAUGAGGUGCUAAGUCUGCUCCCAUUCCAGACUCAUACAUAGAUAAUUUUUGAUGAUGGGGUUGUGUGGUUGGGGGAAGUUGAACAAGUGGUUUGCUUUCUGGACCAUGGCCUUCUG